AUGACAUUCUUAUUAUUGACGACGGAAAAACCGUUUAAACCAAUAUGUACCCGCGCUGCAAUCAAUUGCAACAAGGACCUAACGUUUAAACCGUGCCUAGGAUGGGAUUUCUACCUACCACCAAAUGCUAUUGCUGGCCAAUGUGAAUGGAAUCUGCACAUGUUCAAAAUAUAUAAUGUUUUGGGAAUGGCUGAAAGUUUGAGAAACUUGCCUAUUUACAAGAAGGAUAGUUUUACUCAAUUCGUCCCUCAUUCUCGAAGUACUGAAUCCCGAAUUACUUACGUUUGUACCUCCAUCCGUAAUCGGUCGUGGGUCAUUAAUGGAGGUCGGCAUAUGUUUUAUGAUUUAAGUCUUGAUAGCAAAAGAGAAGAGUACAUUUCUUCUCAGACGGGGAAAGAUGAUGUUGAGUGUCCUCCAAAUAAAGUCCCUCGUCUAAGUGCUUUGUAA